UCAAAGCAUUUCCUGAGAUUGUGGAGGACCUGACAACCUAACAGCGAGGCAGCUGAGAUGGGCGUGGGUCACCUUGAGAUCAGAUGGCUCUGGACCUCUGUAUUUAUCGCAGGUGUUCUGGCUGGUGAUUGGGUGGUACGUGUUCCAGAGAGUCCAAUCCGUGCUCCUCGUGGUUCCUCUUUGACGGUGCCCUGUACUUAUGACUUCCCCGAGGUCUCGGUGCAGGGAACACCUUUCAAAGUGCUUUCUGAGAUGUGGUGUCGGAACCAGAGUCUCUGCAUCACACCCACCUACGUGUACCACAGCCAUGGAAUCUUUCCAGACCCCGCGUACCGGGGCAGGUUGCAGUACCUGGGCACAACAGGGUCCAAAAACUGUUCUUUCAGGAUAACCGACCUGAGGACCACUGACAGCGGCGUCUAUGUGUUUCGCUUUAUCACGGACCACCCGGUGAAAAAGCUGCCGGCCCAGCGGGGAUUUACUCUACAAGUGACAGAUGGUAGCGGGUUCUCCUUAACUGGCAUUGUGCUGGGAGUCAUCCUCACAUUGAUAGCAAUACUCAUUAUUGCUCUUUGUGUAAGACGGCAUAAACGCUCAAGAUCAUUUCGGACAGCAACAAAUGCUGACAGCAUCCUUUGAAUGCGGUACAGUGUACAGAUCAUUGCACGUCAAGAUGUCAGGAUCAUCAGGUCAAUGAAUGAAUGAAGCUGUAAAGAAACUGCAAAUUUAAUUUAAUUUUUAUGAUUAUUUUAUUGUUCAAAUUUGACCAUGAAAAUAACAAGAGGCAGGCUGUUAUUUAUUUACUAUGACAUGAUAUGUAAUGUAAUUGUACCAAUAUAUGAUGGAAACUUUCAUAAGUAGGAUGAAAACAUAUGCUGUUCUGCUGUACUGCUCCAUACAUGAUAACCUGAAAGCAUAUGUAUUACAAUGCAUUGUAAAUGAACUAAUAAAUGAUUAAGCAUUAA